ACAAAUCAGCAUUACUAUUGACCAUAAUUGCUAGAGCCUCAUCAUCCGCAAUCAUGGCUUCCAAUUCAACAUCAACUCUGUUCUUCUUGCUCCUACUUCCUGUAUUGUUUGUCUGUGUAACACCUCAACAACAAAAGCAUUCUACCCAAAUAAACCUCGACUCUUCAAUUUCUCCAAGAUCUCCCCGCAGUUCAUGGUCUUCUCCUUCUGGGUAUUUCCAAUUUGGAUUUUACCAUGAAGGAUCAGGCUUUAAAAUUGGAAUCUGGCUAGUGGGUACCGAGCAAAACACAGUAGUUUGGACUGCAAACCGUGAUGAUCCUCCAGUAACCUCAAAUGCAAUACUUUCACUCGAUCAAAAUGGAAGGCUUCUACUCAGAACAGAGCAUGGCCAGAAGAAAAUUAUUGCUAACACAACAUACUCUGCUACCUCUGCUUCCAUGCUUGACUCUGGCAAUUUUGUUCUCUACAAUCGUUCUCAUAUAAUUUGGGAGAGUUUCAAAUAUCCAACUGACACUAUUCUUGGAGAUCAGGUUCUGUCUGCUGGGCAAGAACUGUUCUCUAGUCAGUCGGAUACCGACCAUUCGACUGGACGGUUUCAUCUCAAGAUGCAGCUUGAUGGGAAUUUGGUUCUGUACCCAAUAAAUACAGAUGAUUCAAGCAUAGAUGCAUAUUGGGAUUCAGAAACUUUUGGCAAUGGAUUCAAAUUUCACCUUUAUCUUAACCGUACAGGACUUCUUGCAAUCAUGAACACUAGUAGUUCUGAGAUGGUCAGUAGGUUGAGUCUUGGAGGAGGAGGAGGCUCAUCAUCUUCGGAAAAUAACCAGAAAGUUGCACUAUAUCGUGCAACCCUUGAUUCUGAUGGUAUAUUCAGGUUGUAUUCUCAUGGAGUUGAUGAUAAGAAUAAUGGAAAAGUAAAAGAAGCUGUUAUGGUUUGGAAAGCUUUGAAAAAUCCUUGCGAAGUUCAAGGUUUCUGUGGAAUUAAUAGCUUUUGUACAAUCUUUGAUGAGCAACCAAACUGUUUGUGUAUUCCUGGAUCCGAUUAUGUUGAUUUCAAUCAGAAAACUCUUGGCUGCUUGAGAAAUUAUACCGACGAGGUGUGCGUAGAUGGAAAAGAAAAUACUACUUUUUAUGGCAUGGAAAAAAUGGAUAACAUAUUGUGGGGAGAUAUUGAUUAUAUGGAAGCAUCCAUGUCCAUGGAAGAAUGUAAGAACUCUUGCUUAGAAGAUUGCAAUUGUGGGGCAGCACUUUUCGCACAAGACGAUUAUGGAAGAGAUCUUUGUAAGAAACAAAAACUCCCUCUGAGAUAUGUUAGAAGGGAUUUUGGCAACUCCAUUUCUACUACUGCUUUCAUCAAGGUGAGCAAGAUGAACGAAACUAAAAGCAUUAAUGGAACCAAUUCUGUGCCAACGACGGAGUUAGUUCCGCCAAGAAGAACCCAGCAGGUGAUCACAAGCAAAAAAGUUCUGAUACAAAUUCUUGUUACAGUUAUAGUUUUUGUCAUCUUCUCAUUUGUGUCCCUUGCAAUCUCUGGCAUAUACAUAUUUAAAAUUCGAAUCCUAAGGUACAAAAGAUUGGGAGAAAUUAAUGGACAAAUGGGAUUGACUGGUGAUGAGGAACUGAUAGCUUUGAGGGUAUUUUCAUACAAUGAACUUAAAAAAGCAACAGAUGGAUUCAAAGAAGAGUUGGGUAAGGGCUCAUUUGGAGCAGUAUACAAAGGGGUUCUAAACAGAGGUAGAAAACUUAUUGCAGUGAAAAGACUAGAGAAGUUAAUUGAAGAAGGUGAAAGAGAGUUCCGUGCAGAGAUGAGAGCAAUUGGAAGAACCAACCACAAGAACUUAGUUCGGUUGAUGGGUUAUUGUGCUGAGGACUCAAAGAGGCUUCUGGUUUACGAAUAUAUGAGCAAUGGCUCGCUAGCUGAUCUUCUUUUUAAGCAAGCAAGGCGACCAGAUUGGGAUGAAAGAGUAAGAAUUGCAAUAGAUGUUGCUAAGGGUAUAAAUUAUCUACACGAAGAGUGCAAGACCCCGAUCAUUCAUUACGAUGUAAAACCUCAGAACAUUUUAAUGGAUGAUUUCUGGACUGCUAAAAUCUCCGACUUUGGGCUAGCAAAAUUGUUAAUGCCUGAUCAAACAAGGACUUUCACCGGGAUCAGAGGGACAAGAGGGUAUUUGGCCCCAGAAUGGCAUAAGAACACUCCAAUUUCUGUGAAGGCGGAUGUAUAUAGUUAUGGAAUAGUGUUGCUCGAAAUCAUAUGCUGCAGAAGGAACUUGGAAAUGCAUGUAUCAAAUAUAGAUGAGAUUGUUCUUUCAAACUGGAUCUAUAAGUGCUUUGCUGGUAGGGAGCUAUAUAAGCUUGUGGUUGGUGAAGAUGUCGAUAAAAAGACCUUGGAGAAAAUGGUUAAAGUAGGUUUAUGGUGUAUUCAAGAUGAACCAGUUCUUCGUCCUUCAAUGAAAAGUGUAGUUUUGAUGCUAGAAGGGAUUACUGAUAUUGCUUCUCCUCCAUGUCCUACUUCUACGUCCAUGUAAAUCUCAGCAGUUGAGGAAAUUCUCAGGAGCUUAAUCUUUGUUAUCUGUAUAUGUUUCAUCUACUUUUCCUUUUUGUAUGAUUGCAUAUAUGCAGUUCUAUUAACCUUUUUCUGUGAA